UUAACCAGAAAUGAAAACAAAGAUUUUUUUCUUCUAUUAAUUUAGAUCUGUAAUUUGUUAACAUAUCAUUUGUUAAAAAUUGUUGUAAUUUCCUAAAUACAUUACAAUAGUGUAAAUACUCUCAAAAUUAUGAAAUUGUGUCGAAAUUCGUGUUGAUCAUCCUUCGAUGUGACAUUGGCUCUUUGAGCUGAAUCUGGAAUAUAGAAACAGCUGGCAUCCAAAAUAAACAAGAUGGCGAUGGCUAAUAACUCUUAUUAUCUUGAAGCAAGUGUUGGAAAAGAUGAUAACUUUGAAAAAAUGUUUAAAAAUUUUACAUUUAAAUGUUUGCAAGUUAUAAUACAGUCUCGAAUGGAAAUAAAGAAUAAACGCCUUCUAAAAGAACCAUCAUCAGCUGACUAUUUCUGUAUAACAGUAGCCGACAAUGCAGCAAUUGAAGAACAAAUCAGAAAAGUAUUGGAAGGUGUGAAAUGUUUCCCUGUGAGGGAGCAAAGUAUAUGUGUUGAGAUCCCCCUGGUGACUAAUGAUGGGGAUCACAUGUUUUUAGAGACCUGGGACAUUUCUUUUAAUCUUAGCAGUCUAGAUACUACCGCCAGCAAAUUGCAGCAUGUCUUUACUAGAAUGUGUGUUACUUUGAAAUCUCUGUUAUGUGCAACUCGUGCUAUGCCUGCAUAUAAAUUAGCUAAAAAUCAAGGGGAAAAAGGAGGAGGCUUUAAGUUGAACUACAGGUUAUAUUUAGGGAAGCCACAGACUCACUUUCUGGGUGAAGGUUUCAAAACAGUUCGAGCUGGCGCUGUGCCCACAGCUCAAGGGCUUUUUACAAUCAAUGUCUCAUUCCGUACCAAGCUUCUUCUCUCCCCUGCCAUGUCUGCCUCUGCUCUGCAGGCCAUUGAGGUGACAGAUAAUUAUUUUAUGAAGGAGUAUAAAACGUCCUCAGCGUCGUCUGCUCUGUCAGAUCCACAGCCUUGUUCUCCCUCUCCAAGAAGCCCAGUCAAUAGAUCUGAAAGUCCUUACUGUUUUGCUGUUUCUCCUGGAUCUAUUGAGAAAGAGGAACAUGAACUAAGAGCUCGAUUCCCCUCAGAGUCUAGUCCAUGGACGCACUCCAGUAUUCUGAAUUUAGAGGAACUUCCAGAGCCAGUUGUUGGAGCUUUCUCUAAAGCCAGUCACAAGAAAGUGAUAGAGCACAAAGUUCCAUUUGAAGGUCUGAUGAGACGAAGUAUGGUGGCCAGACAGGAGUCAGAGAAAAGCAAACAGUCCUACGAUGAAUGGGCUAUUGAUGGGCGAAGAAGCAGCAGGCCAGACUCAAAGGAAGGAGAAAAAGAAAAUGUUCCAAUAGAUUCUCAGAGAGGACAGAAGAUGUCUAUAGAAGAUGAGUUUGUUAUGGUCGAUAAACCUCCGUUCGCCGCAGACGAUGACCCUCGGGAUGUCAAAGCUUUUCUUGGUGUUUUUUUCCGAGCCCCCAAAACUUACGAGACACAGGAGUGCAAGGUUUCUGUGGAAGAGUAUCUGUGUGACGUCGAGGCUUUGGUUUCCAAGUUGGAGGAGGAUAUGCCUGUGUUAGACGAGUUCUGUCAGUCAGUCAUUAACCUGAACAGCCAGGAAGAGGAGGAUGAAAACCCUCUGUUUAGUUGAUGCUUAGUCAGGCAGGACUUAUAGACCUUGACCUUGCGGAAACCAACACGAGGGAUAGUUGGAUCAAUGUGCAGCCUAGCUUUCAGCUCAAGUGUUGAAUGUCUUACAUGUUGAUGAAACUUUUGGAUGUGCUUUUAGCUACAUCUGCUGUCUACGUCUGCUGUCGAUGUCUGCAGCUUGCCAACAUUCUUUGUAGUAUCUGUUCACAUGAAACAUUGGACUUGAAGAAGUGAAACUAAAAGAGUGUGGCAUGAGCACCAAAUAUAAGAAUACAUAUAUAUAUAUAUAGAGAGAGAGAGUGAUUCAUAUAUAUAUUAAUGCAUGUGUGAAUAUACAGUUUAGUAUGUAUGAUGAAUCAAAAGUUUUUCCAAACAAACUUUUAAAUUACAUUCAUGAAAACUUUAAAACUUUGAAUAAAUAAGUUGGGUUGCCAAAACCUAAUUUCCAGCUAAACUUACAGUGUACAGAUUCUCAAGUAUUUACUUAGAUGACUGUAAGCAUUGAUUACUUGAUGACUUGACUUGCUACAGUUCAAAGUUAUCACUCACCAAAAUCUCCCUUAACCAACUGAUAAGCAGAAAAGAAAGAAGAGUGCAGAGUUGAAGGGAGAAAAUUGAGACCAAUAAUCAGGAUUAAAUGACAAUGUAGUCAGGAGUAAUAACUAGUCCUUGAAUACAAAGAGCAUUUUGAAAAUUUCUAUUAUUAUUUUAUUAUUAUUUUAACUUGUUUGAUUUCUGUGAAUGUUAAAAAAAAUGUAAAAUAAAUACAAACCACAAAGAAGCUCCAUUGAAAUUAUAAUUUUAGAAAACUUAGAAGUGGAAUUGAUGUUUCAAAAAUAAUAUUACUUAGUGUUAUAUGCUGCAAUCAAUGAAGUUCACUAUAGACUAGAGCAAGACCCUAACAACAAGCCAAGAAAGACAUUUGUUAGAAGUUAAUUAUUGAACAGAGUACAGAAACUUAUUGGUAAGUUUAGAGAAAGUUUCGAUAUGAUGGUAACUUUUAAAAAGGAAAAGUUGAUUAAUAUAUAUGAUGCCAACUUUGAAAGACUUCCAAAUACAAGUGAACAAAUUAAGAAAAAUUUGAAUAAUUAUGCUGUAUAUUAUUCCUGGAUUAGAUCAUUCUAUUAUGUCUUGUGAAGAAAGUUUUCCCAAGUUGCUAGUUUCAGAACUUAUCCCCAGGAUUUGAAAAACAGUAUUAUCUUAUAUGCUUGUGUGCAUGUCAUUUGUAAUAAAUUACUUGUGAAGGAUAUAUAGCAUGUAUUUAUUGGAUUCACUGAUUUUUUUUGUUUCUAGUUUAAAGCACAAACAAAUCAAAUCAAAAUAUUUUAUGUUUUGUAUUAUGCAAGUUUUGAACAGAUUAAUAUAUGUGGUUUUCAUUUUUAGGUUAGGGCUAGUUUUUAUUUUGGUUUCCAACAGACAUAACUUUAAUUUUAACUCACGGGAACUGCUGCUUUUAAAAAGGAUGCUAUACACUAUGUCACACACAAACUUCUGUUAAGUUUUUCAAGAGUGGAAUCAUGUGGCUACUUUAGUGAGUCACUUAGAUUUCAUUUAUAAAAGUGAAAACUGCUAAAUUAUUACACUUCACAUGUCUUAAAUUUGAAUUCUUGAAUCAUUCCAGUCCUGUACAUAUUUGGAACUCUUGUUGCUGUAAAAAGAAGUUGAAUAGAGUCAUAGAAUUUGAGCUUAUUGUCUACAUUCCUUGCUGUUUCAGUAAAUGUCUCCAUUUUGUCUACAAGUCUCCAUUUGGUUUUUAUAAGUCUGUAAUCUUUUACAUUUUUUUAAAAUUCUUUUUGUUUUAAUAGCAUCUCUAUUUUGUCUCAUGUCUCCAUUUUGUUUCAAUAAUGUCUUCAUUUUUUCAUUAUAUCUUCAUUUUGUCUCAUUAUGACUCCAUUUUGUUUCAUUAUACCUCAAUUUCGUUUCAUUAUAUCUUCAUUUUGUCUCAUUAUAUCUUCAUUUUGUUUAUAGAUCUUGGUAAUGUUCACAAUAAUACAAUAAAAAAAAAAUAUUUUAAUUUUAUGGUGAAGAAAAUGUUUAUCACAAAAUAGCAUAAUUAUUUUGCUUUGUUUAUAAAACAAUUUAGAAAUAUUGAACAAUUGAAUGUCUUGAGUGGUCUUCUGAGUGCAAGUAUAUUUUAUGGUUAUACAGCAUUUUAUGCAUGCAAAACUCUCAGCACUCAUGUUAGUCAUAUUUAUUGUUGCUUUUAUGCUGAAGCUCUAGGACUUGUUUUAUGCUGAAUGAAAAGAAUGUUUAUAGUAUUUUGAAAAGGUUGAAAAUGAGAAUGAUACUACUCAUAUGUUUAUACCUUUCUAUUGUCUAAAUUUCCAUCAAAAAAGAAUUUCCAAAAACAUAAUGAUGAUUUAUGACAUUUUUUCAGGUUAACAUUAAUAAACAUAAAUCUAGAUUUCCAUUGGAUAAACUGUACCAACAAGUGAAUGUUAUUUCUAUCUAAGAAAAUAUUUGGUCUAAAAAAGAUAUCAUCAUGGUACAAGUAGUGUGUAUGGGGCAGAUGAUGUUAUAAGGUCUUAAAGGGGAAACUACUAUUACAAGUAGUAUUAUUUGGUGUUGUUGACCAACCAUUUUACUAUUAUUUCAAUGCCACAUUAUUUCGAGUUAAAGUGGAAGUGUAUCAAUCACUCUGGCUUCCUGGCCAUGUGUUAUGUGCUUGGAACCGUCUGUGUAUAAGAUGUAGCCAGGUUCAGAUCCUGUACGCUGUCUUCCCCUGUUGUCCAGCAGGAUGCAGUAAUGUGAAAGAACACUUGAAGCUGUCAAGUCAAAACACAUCAUUUCACUGACUCUGUGUGUUUGAGGCUGUACUUUGUGUCUGAGGCUGUGCUGUGUGUUUGAGGCUGUGCUGUGUUCAGUGUAGAUAUGCUGUAACUAUUGCAUCUGCUACUAAACAGCAUCAUUGGGAUGCUUAUAGAAUUAAUGGUGGUUUUUAUUUUAUUUGUUAUUUACUUAGAUCAUUUCUUCACACAAAUCAUUUCUACAUUUUGGCUUGUGGUUCCCGGUGAAUCAUUGUGACUUAUUGUGUUCUAUUGUGAACAUCAAGUAUGUAAAUCAGUUGUUGUAACAUGUCAAGGUUUCUCAAAAUUUUUAUGAUCAUAUCAAGUAUC